AUGGUGGGCGACACAAGUGUUUAUCGUAAAGUUACUUACAACCCCACAUCUCGAGUCACGACGAAAGUAAACAAACUUUUCCACAUCAUAGGUGACAAGGAGCUGGUAGCACAACUACGUCCACAAAAUCCGACACCACCCAAAAUUUAUGGUUUGCCAAAAAAUCUUAAAACUAAUUGGCCCCUACGACCUAUAGUUAGCCAAGUAGACGCACCGACCUAUAAACUGUCGCGUCACUUGGCUACACUGUUACAGCCAUACACGGGCAAAACGAGCAGCUACGUGAGAGACUCCCGUCAUUUUGUUGAGUUACUGAAUGGUAUACAGCUGCAGAACACUGAAAUAAUGGUUAGCUUCGACAUAACGUCGCUGUUUACCAACGUACCAGUAGAUGAAGUCAUUCAAAUAAUAACUACCCUUUUAUGCGGAUCUACAAUACCUACUGGCUAUGUUGAGAGCAUCGCUUUCUGUUUGAAAAGCGGAUAUUUUCUGUGGCGUGGGGACUAUUAUCUCCAAAUUGACGGAGUGGCCAUGGGCUCGCCUCUUGCGCCCGUUGUAGCAAACAUUUUUAUGGAGUGGUUCGAAGAAAAAGCACUGGAGUCCGCCAGUGUUAAACCGCGAUAUUGGUGGCGAUAUGUUGAUGACGUUUUUGCUGUCGUCACCCGGGACGCAUUGAAGGAUCAGACGUCACACCUUAACCAAGUGCAUGCGAAGAUAGAGGUCACCAUGGAGGAGGAGAGCGAAGGGAAGUUACCGUUCCUGGAUGUGCUGGUCAUCCGAGAGCCGAACGGACGCGUGACUCACACCGUCUACCGGAAACCGACGCACACAGACCGGUACCUACGAGCCGACUCUCAUCACCACCACUCACACCUAUCUUCGGUGCCUCGUACGCUGCUGAACCGAGCACUUGCUCUAUGCGACCACAAAUACGUUGAUGCGGAACUUAGGCAUGUGCGUGACGUAUUAGAGCGCAACGGUUAUCAGUGGCGCCAGUGCAGACGUCUCCUGGGAAUUACGGGCGAAGUUCGCAAGCGUCCGGCGGAGGCUCAACGCACUCCUGCGUACUUACUAUACGUACAAGGAGUCACUGACAAGAUAGUGGGGACGGAGCUGCGGGAGUCCAAAUUCUUCCGAGGCCCAGCUGAGUUUCUAACGCAACUUCUGUUGCAGUUGUGA